AUGGCCUGCGAUAUCAGGUAUUGUACAGAAGAUGCGUUCUUCUCGGUGAAGGAGGUUGAUUUGGCGAUAACGGGUGAUCUCGGGAUGCUUCAGAGGCUGCCGGGAAUCGUCGAAUAUGGAAAAGCAGUUGAGUUGGCCCUUACCAGUUGGAGGUUUUCUGCAUUGGAGGCGAAGAGCAUGGGUCUAAUUUCUACAGUUUUUCGUUCCAAGACGGAGAUGGCGUCUUCUGGGUCGGCAAAUUCAGAAACUCUAAAAAUCUGCAACAAUGGUGUCUUCUGGGUUGGCAAAUUCGGAUCUGGCGCGCCAACCCUCUAUAUAUUCGCGAAUUGUUUCGGAAGUAGCAGUGGCGAGGGUCAAGCGAAUGGUACUGCAGGGAUGUCUUCUUUGGCUACACAGGAGAGCUUUACACUGCCGAGGAGUAACAAGCCAGUCGAUGAGGUGUGGAAGGAGAUCGCUGCUAGUGUCUCUACUCAGCAGUGA